UGUCUACUCCUUUUUGCAUACCCCUGUUUGGAAACAGAAUAUGAAUAACAUAUUCAAAUCAAUGGGUAUCAGUUUAAGAUGUAUAUAGGGCCAAGCAACGGAGAUAGACACAGAAGGAGAGAGAGAUCUGGAGAGAGCAAGAUAGACGGAGUGAGACAGACUUUCCUACAAACAACCGAUGUAAUUGGUACCUUUUGAAAUCUCUUGGAACACAACUCUAAACUGAGUGUAGGAGUCUCUGAUCACAUCUUUAGCCAUAUUUCCAUUGAAUUUCACACUGAUGGAAACUUCUUUGUACCUCACCCUCCUAAUCUCAGGGUUCUACACACCUUCCUCGUGUCUUAUUUGUCAGUAUCACGUCAUAAACAUAAAAAAGACCUGGAUGGAUGCCCAGAGUUACUGCAGAGCACAUUACACUGAUCUGGCUACAGUAGAUGACAUGGAGGACCUGAACAGGCUGAUGACCAGUGUCAGUAGUUCUAAUUACUGGUUCUGGAUCGGACUGAAGAAGGGAGACUCCAUGAAGUGGCACUGGUCUCUGGCAGACAGACGUUUCUACAGAGAGGGGGAGACUGAGUUCAGAAACUGGGACACUGGAACACCCCAAAAUGGCAACUGUGUUUUUAUGAGUACAUCUGGUCUGUGGAACAACACCUCCUGUGAUGACCAGCAUCACUUCAUCUGUUAUGAUGGAAAACAAGACACCAACCAAACAUACGUCUUAAUUCAGGAGAACAGGACCUGGAUAGAUGCUCAGAGUUACUGCAGACAGUAUCACACAGACCUGGUCAGUGUGAGGAACCAGACUGAGAACACAGAGAUAAAUAAGAAGAUAACACUGAGGGGACUUCCUGUGUGGAUCGGUCUGUUUCUAGACUCCUGGAGAUGGUCAGACCAGAGUGACUCCUCAUUCAGAAACUGGUUGCCAGGAUGGCUUUCAACAGAACAGAGAUACAACUGCACUCUCGUGCAUUCUAAUCCUUCUUCUUCAAAUCAUGCUAAAAUGAGAAAUUAUCCCUCUGAUGACACCUUUCCUUUCAUCUGCUCCGCUGUGGAGACCACAAUGACUACAGCGACCACGACUACCCCCUGCCCACGACCACGACUACCCCCUGCUCACGACCACGACUACCCCCAUGCCCCCCACCACGACUACCCCCUGCCCACCACCACGACUACCCCCUGCUCACGACCACGACUACCCCCAUGCCCCCCACCACGACUACCCCCUGCCCACCACCAUAACUACCCCCUGCCCACGACCACAACUACCCCCUGCCCACCACCACGACUACCCCCUGCCCACCACCACGACUACCCCCUGCUCACGACCACGACUACCCCCUGCCCACGACCACGACUACCCCCUGCCCACGACCACGACUACCCCCUGCCCACGACCACAACUACCCCCUGCCCACCACCACGACUACCCCCUGCUCACGACCACGACUACCCCCUGCCCACAACCGCGACUAUCCCCCUGCCCACGACCACGACUACCCCCCUGCCCACAACCACGACUACCCCCUGCCCACGACCACGACUACCCCCUACUACCCCCAUGCCCACGACCAUGACUACCCCCAUGCCCACAACCAAGAAAGCUCAACUGAAGAGACAGGUGGUGAGAGUGAAGAUGACCCCAAAGGAUCAAAAUCUGAACCUCAGAGAUCUUGCUGUUCAGGACGACAUCUUACAAGAGUGGUGGCGUCGUGUCCGGGGGCCGCCACCGAUGGAACCGGGGGUGCCUAAGCCAGUUCGUCUGGCUGUCACGCCGAAGCUGGCUCGAGUGGUUCCUUGCCCCGGUUGGCUCGGAAGGCGCCAAUCCCACGUCAGGCCUCAGUCGGAUCGUCAGGUUUUUCACCCAGCCGGCUCUUCAGGCUGGUACGCCUUCUCCGGAUCAUUGACUUCCCACACCUCAGCGGUAUCGACAGGCCUUCCUGCCUCAGCCAGAUUGUCAAGCUCCUAUGCCUCAGCCGGCUCACCAGACUCUCACGCCUCUGCCGGUUCGUCGGGAUAUCACAUCCAGCCGGCUUGUACCGUGCCCGUGCCUCGGCCAGCCCGUCAGGCUCGCCCAGAAGGAGACUCCAUGAAGUGGAACUGGUCUCUGGCAGACAGACGUUUCUACAGAGAGGGGGAGACUGAGUUCAGAAACUGGGACACUGGGACACCCCAAAAUGGUAACUGUGCUUUAAUGAGUACAUCUGGUCUGUGGAACAACACCUCCUGUGAUGACCAGCAUCACUUCAUCUGUUAUGAUGGAAAACAAGUCACCAACCAAACAUACGUCUUAAUUCAGGAGAACAGGACCUGGAUAGAUGCUCAGAGUUACUGCAGACAGUAUCACACAGACCUGGUCAGUGUGAGGAACCAGACUGUGAACACAGAGAUAGAGAAGAAGAUAUCACUGAGGGGACUUCCUGUGUGGAUCGGUCUGUUUCUAGACUCCUGGAGAUGGUCAGACCAGAGUGACUCCUCAUUCAGAAACUGGCAUUCAGGACGGCCUUCAACAGAUCAGAGACACAACUGCACUCUGGUGUCUUCUUAUCCUUCUUCUGAUUAUUCUAAAUGGAUAAAUCAUCCCUGUGACUACAACUUUCCUUUCAUCUGCUAUGAGGCUCUUCAACUGAAGAGACAGGUGGUGAGAGUGAAGAUGACACAAAGGGAUCAACAUUUGAACCUCAGAGAUCCUGCUGUUCAAGACGCCAUCGUACAAGAGAUAAGGAACAAGCUGAAGGAGCAGGGGUUACCUGCAGACACCAAAGUGACAUGGAAAAAGCAGCCUGAUGGGAAGGUCUUCCACAAGGAGGAAGAGGGGUCUCCCAAGAAAGAAGAGGAGGAGAAGAAGAUGAAGAAGAGGAUGAUGACAAAGAGAGAACUCUAUGUUAAAUGUUCUCCUUACAUUUCUCUUUUUAUUUACAUUAAUAAUCUGUACUGGUCCAGAGUGUCUCAGUUUAACUGAAACAAGUCUUUAUCUGAGAUACAGUUAAUUGUUUUAUCAUACAGAAUAUUGUUUUAUCAUAUAUAUUAUUGUUUUAUCAUAGUAUGUGAUCUUAAGUUACAAAUCUUUAACAUUGUUCAUCGUUUGAAUCUCUUUUGUUAGUUUAUAUAUUAGAACCUAGUUUCAACUGUAGACUUGAUGGUUCAUUUGGAAUAUUAAUAAACAACAUGGUGAGA